GGCAUGUGAUCACGUGAUGGAGGUCUGAACCUCGAGGGAAGAAAAAUACUGUUGGCGGAACGGAUGUCGGGAAUCCGAGCUUGAUAUAAGAGCUAUAUGCGACAGACUUAUAAUUUACAGUUCAAUUGGUGGUUGUUGCGUCUCUCUAGCUGUUAUUCCGGGGGAUAUUCGAUUUGUCUGUCAUUGCAUUUUUAAGGAGCAACCGCCGUCUGGUCUCCCGCUGCUCCCAUUACAUCCCCAUCCCAUACGCAUAACCCUACCUCCGCCCGGCCCAUGAAUCGAUAGCCGCAAUCCCGCAAUAAUGUCGCAGACCGUCGGACGGACCCGCCUCGCCUACUCGCGAACAUGGCACUACAUAGACGUAAGCCGCGACCCGCGCAGCCUGGGCCGCCUCGCCUCCUCCAUCGCCAUCUUCCUCAUGGGCAAGCACAAGCCCAUCUGGGACCCCUCGACCGACUGCGGCGACUACGUGGUCGCCGUCGGCUGCCACGACCUGUAUACGACGGGGAAAAAACGGUUCAAGAAGCUGUAUUACACGCACAACACCCGCCCGGGCAGCCUGAAGUCGAUGACGAUGGAUAAAAUGUUUGAGAAGUGGGGUGGCGGCGAGGUGCUUAGGAAGGCGGUUAGUGGGAUGUUGCCCAAGAAUCGGUUGAGGGAGAAGCGGUUGGCGCGGUUGAAGGUAUUCGAAGGCCACGCCCAUCCGUACAAGAAGAAUAUCCUGAAAAUAGGCGGGAAGAGCGUCCUGGGACCCACGAGCUCGAUUGCGGAUUCACCGCUGGUGAAAGAGGCGUUUGCGAAGGAGAAGGCGGCAGAGAUGGGGGCGGAGAAAGCGACGGCUUGAUUUGUUUGAUUGAGAAAUUCUUGCCCUUUAUUAGUUUUGGGGAGCCCCUGCUUUCUUCACUAUUUGCUUUUACUGAUGCCUGCCCAUUUUCCUUUUUUUCUAUUCCACUACUCCUUUCUUAUUUUUUGUUUUUUAUUGUUUUGCAUACAGGGAGUAUAUACAAUCGGGUUGAACAAAUUUCUCUUUGUUCUUUCAUGUACACUAAACUAAGACUUGAUAUCAACAAAAUCGGUGUAACUUUCAAAAAUCUCUACUAUCUCUCCACUGCCUAAGCCCUGUUUUGUUGAAUGGUCGCGGGUUCGCCGGAGGGCACAAGUCAUGUAUGCACUGCACAUGUAUUUAUAUAGAUAGUGUAAAAUAACUCGCAAAGAGACCAUAAAUAUAAAAAGAAAAAUAACAGGAAACCUAGAAAAGUAUCCUGAUUACAUAUCA